AUGGCGGCCACAACCACACAAAUUACCCUCAACUGGACGUGGAAACAACGAGACGAGUCCGUCGCGUCGGUCCUCGAGGAGUUGGGAUCUUCAUGGAACAUGGCCACAGAGUUUCCGUCGGAGAUCCAUGUCGAGCUUCUCAAGGCCGGCAAGAUACCAGACCCUUUCUUGGGCUUCAAUGAGCACGAAGUGCAAUGGAUCGGCGAGACCGAGUGGCUAUAUGCCACCACGUUGGACGUACCAGUCGGGGAGCGCAACUGGAAGCAUGCGGAGCUCGUGUUUGACGGUCUUGACACGCUCUGCGACGUCUAUCUGAAUGGAAAGAAAGUGCUGUACGCGGACAACAUGUUUCGCACUUGGACGGUUCCCAUGUCGCGAGACGUCUUGAAAGACACUGGCAACACACUCCUCCUCCACUUCAAGUCUGCGAAGAAGCUCGCGCUUGAGCUCGAGAAGCAGUUUGGGCGUGUCCGAGCCGGAUCCACCAAUCUCGGGCACCCAAGUCGCGUCUAUGUUCGCAAAGCGCAGUACGGUUGGCGCUGGGAUUGGGGACCGGAACUCAUGACAUGCGGCCCGUACCGCCCCAUCUCUCUCAUCACGUACGCUGUGCGCAUCCAGUCCGCCAACACCCGUGCCCAGGUCUCUGCAGCGCCUGCGCUAGCUCCUUCGCUCAAGAUCGAUAUUGCAGUUGCUGGGGACGCUCAAGCCGUCAAGGGCGUGAACGUCGUGCUCAAAGAUACGGAUGGCAAGACUCUUAUCGGAGAAGACAUCACCAGCUUGAACUUCAAGGAAGACCGAGGGUCAAGUCUGAUCAAGGACCUCACUUUCGAUCUGCAGGAUAAGGGCAUACAGCCGUGGUGGCCAGUGGGUUAUGGAGCGCAGACGAUGUACAAUGCGGAAAUUUGUCUUCUAGGCGAGGGCGGGGUGGUUCUCGACAAGGUCGCGAAGAGGAUCGGCUUCCGGAGCGUUGAACUCAUCCAAGAGCUACUCGAGGAGGAGGAUCGUUACGGCAAAGGGACGACGUUCCUCUUUGAGGUCAACGGCGUGCGCAUGUUCAUGGGCGGAUCGAACUGGAUUCCUGCACACAACUUCCUCACCCAACUCACGCCGGAGAAGUACCGCGCGUGGCUUACGCUCAUGCGUGAUGGGAAUCAGAACAUGGUUCGUCUGUGGGGAGGCGGUAUAUACGAGCCUGACGUCUUCUACGACAUCUGUGACGAGUUGGGUAUCCUCGUUUGGCAAGACUUCCAGUUCGCUUGUGGAGUCUAUCCGGCGCACGAUGAGUUCGUAGCAAGCGUGCGUGCGGAAGCGGUCGACAACGUGACUCGCCUCCGUCACCAUCCAUCUAUCGCCAUCUUCUGCGGGAACAACGAAGACUACCAGAUGGUCCUUCAAUGGGGUGACGUAGCAGACCUGCCCGCUCGUCUGCUGUACGAGGAUGUCCUCCCCUCCGUCGUCUCUGAGCUGUGCGACCCGCCCAUCCCGUACCACCGCGGCUCCCCCUAUGGUGGCAAGGGGUGGGACACGGCCGACCCCACCAUCGGCGACGUCCACCAGUGGGAUAUCUGGGGCGGGAAGGAGCUCCCGUGGCAGCAGUAUCCCGACCGCGGUGGCCGUUUCGUGAGCGAGUUCGGGAUUCCCUCGUUCCCGGACAUCAAGACGGUCGACUACUGGCUCAACGGCGAUACGAAUAACCGGUGGGCGCAGUCAAAGGCGAUCGCGCAGCACGAUCGCGCCGGUGGGCACGAGAGACGCUUUGGCAUCGUCAUGAACGAGAACUUCAGGCUGACCACCGACUUGGAGACGCACGUAUACAACACCCAGAUCAUGCAAUCGGAGGCUGUGAGCCUGGCGUAUCGCGCGUGGAAGCGCGAAUGGAGAGGCAAAGGGAAGCAGUUUACUGCGGGCGUUCUUGUUUGGCAGUUGAAUGACUGCUGGCCGGUCAUCUCGUGGGCAAUCGCCGACUUCUUCUUGCGAGCCAAGCCCGUCUACUACACAAUCGCGCGCGAGCUGAAGCCCAUUUCCGUCGCCAUGCUCAGGAUGGUUACGCAGAACCGGGAAAACGACCGGCCUAAGCAGUUUUACGAAUUCGGCGCCUUCCGCUCCGUCUCCGCCAGCCUCGCCGUGUGGGGCACGAACAGCACCCUCGCCCCACGCCGCGUCCGCCUCGAGCUCUCCUUCUUCGACGUCGCCUCCGACUGGACGGCCACCCAGACGCUCGACGCCACGCUGCUCCCGAACCAGACUACCGAACUCCUCGAGCUGCGCGUGCCGGGGCCCAGCGCGCCCAGCGCGCACGCGGUCGACCCGAGCCACAGCGUCGUCGCCGCGGCGCGCCUCGUGGAUGCGGAGACCGGGGAGGUGCUCGCGCGGCACGCGGACUGGCCGCAGCCGUACCGGCUGGUCGAGUUCCCGGACCCGGAGCUCAAGGUCGUCGUCGACGCGGAGGCAGGGCGUGUGCGCGUGGAGGUGGCGCGGCCGGUCAAGGGCUUGUUCCUCACGGCGGACGAGGAGGCCGAGGGUGCGCUCGGGCGGGAUGAGGGCGUGAAGUGGAGCGACAACGCGCUGGACGUCGUCCCGGGAGACCCGAGGGAGAUUGUGGUGAGCGGGCUGAAGGGGAAGGGGGUGAAGGUGCGGGCGGCGUUCAUGGGCUGCGAGAAGGGGCGGGUGGUAUACAGUCAGUAG